GCUCCUUCUUGGGAGGACACCCAUUGACCUCUGAACUUGUGUUUUGCUGCCUUUGCACACGCACUCUGUGGUUGGCUGUGCUUUGGGAAGCUUUGUUCCUAGCAGUUCUCUGACAAAGGCUUACUCUGUGAGCACAGUUCCACUGCAGGACUUCUUUGUUUAGGCUCUGGCUUCAACUACGGAAUCACAAAUACUCUCCAGCUGGGAGUCGGACAGGGACAGAAAUGAAGAACCCAGGAGCCCAGCAAGAUGUUUCAGUUUCCCAGGGUGUUCGAAUGAUGUUUUACUUGAUGAAGCCUAGUGAGACCUCAUUCCAAACCGUCGAAGCAGUUCCUGAUUACGUUAGAAAGGCUACUCCAUUUUUCAUUUCCUUGAUACUGCUUGAACUAGUUGUCAGCUGGAUUCUCAAAGGGAAGCCAUCAGGUCGCCUUGACGAUAUUCUGACCUCCAUGUCAGCUGGUGUUGUAUCUCGGCUUCCAAGCCUGUUUUUCAGGAGCUUUGAAGUGACUAGUUACAUUUAUAUCUGGGAGAACUAUAGACUUUUGGAAUUGCCUUGGGAUUGUCCAUGGACUUGGUAUUUAACCUUCUUGGGAGUUGACUUUGGCUACUACUGGUUCCAUCGCAUGGCCCAUGAGGUUAAUAUUAUUUGGGCUGGACACCAAGUGCACCACAGUUCUGAAGACUAUAACUUAUCCACAGCACUGAGACAAUCCGUCUUGCAGUUAUAUACUUCCUGGAUUUUCUACUCUCCCCUGGCCCUAUUCAUACCACCAUCAGUGUUUGCUGUCCAUGUUCAAUUUAAUCUACUCUACCAAUUUUGGAUCCACACAGAGGUCAUCAAUAACCUUGGUCCUUUGGAACUGAUUUUGAAUACUCCUAGUCAUCACAGGGUUCAUCAUGGCAGAAAUCGUUACUGCAUAGACAAAAAUUAUGCUGGCACUCUUAUUAUUUGGGACAGAAUUUUUGGGACGUUUGAAGCAGAGAAUGAACGUGUUACAUAUGGUUUAACACAUCCAGUCAAUACGUUUGAACCAUUCAAGGUGCAGUUCCACCAUUUGCAUUACAUAUGGGCUACAUUCUGGGCCACACCUGGAUUCUUCCAUAAGUUUUCUGUCCUAUUUAAAGGACCAGGAUGGAGCCCAGGUAAACCAAGACUUGGCCUGAGUGAAGAAAUUCCAGAGGUUACAGGGCAAGAAAUUCCUUUCUCAUCAUCAGCAUCCCAGCUACUGAAGAUAUACACAGUUCUUCAGUUCGCUGUGAUGCUAGCAUUUUAUGAAGAGACCUUUGCAAACACUGAUACCCACUGCAGCUAUUGUGGAAACGCUCCGCUGUUUGAUGUUCCUAACCCUGUACAGGUUGGGGCACUUAAAGCCCCUGUUCCCUUCUUUAUCAUCUGUAUUUGAG